AGCAAAUAUUUGUUUUUAUUGUUCUGAUGUACAUUGUUCACUUCAAGUUUUCUUUGCAGACAUAAUUAUUAUUGUCUUAGUCAGAAGAUGUAACUAAUUCGUAUUAUUGUUAACAAAUACUGUGGAUAUUGUGUUAUUUUGGUAAUUCCUUUAUUACAUCAUUUAAUACGUAAACUUGUGUUUUGAACAAAAAGUCACUCUAGCGUGACAGUAACAACAUGCAACAUGACAUAUUUGUGCAAACAAAUAAAAAAUAAUAAAACAGAAUCAACAGAAUGAAUGUUAAACUAGUGGCAACAAAACCCAAGAAAGAUAUUGUAAAGCUCACUAUGUUUUCUUUCGUGUUAAUGUUGCAGUUUAAAAACUGUAGUGUAAAGCACCCUUCUGGCAAGACAGUGAUGGAGUGAAUGAUGGUGAAAGUUUUUCUUUUUUGGGCCACCCUGCCUUGGUGGGAAUCGGCCAGUGUGAUAAUAAUAAAAAAAUAAAAACCAUUAUUUAAUGGAGGAAACAUGCAGAAGUUACGUGAUCUGUUCGAUUCCUCCUUCCCAUUAGUAGUGCAAAAUUUUACCAUAGAUUUCUUUAUCAUAUUCAAUCACUAGUCUUUUUUUUAUGCAAGUAUUACACAAUAUAUGUGAGAUGCAGUUCUUGGGCUGACAUCUCCAACAUUACAGCCACAAUAAAGAUGAGAGACUGUGUUAAUCAGGCAGUUAUAACAUUUUCGCUCCAGAAAGUUAUUCUCAACAAACAUAGCAAAAGUUAUCUGCAAUGUUCGCUGUGUCUUUGUUCAAAUUUGGCUGAAAAAAUAGUUCUCAGAAGCUAACACUGAAACAGAACUGAUGCAUGUUCAUUAUUUAACUUCAGGAAUGAACUGUUUAACUCCACAACUGUAAUGAUCACAAACACCUCGACCCUUGCCAUGGGUUCGAUUCCCACCCAUUAUGUGAUUUGUUUGUUGUCAUGUUAUUACAAUUUUUUGAGUCAUUCACGAUCCCAAGUUGAUGAAACAGUGUGGCCAGUUUACAGAUGAUGGGAACUAGAUAUAAAUAUAGAUAGUCAAGGUGAUCCUGAUGAUAAACUUGUAAGAGAAAGUUGUCUCCAGGAGGUGAAAUACCAUCAUGAAGACAGCACUGGUAAGGUUGCCAUGGAUGGCAGCACUGGUAAGGUUGCCAUGGAGGGCACCACUGGUAAGGUUGCCAUGGAGGGCAGCACUAGUAAGGUUGCCAUGGAUGGCAGCACUGGUAAGGUUGCCAUGGAUGGCAGCACUGGUAAGGUUGCCAUGGCCCAGCACUGGAUAGGUUUCCAUGGAGGGCAGCACUGGUAAGGUUCCCAUAAAGGGCAACACUGGUAAGGUUGUAAUGGAGGGCAGCACUGGUAAGGUUGCCAUGGAGGGCAGCACUGGUAAGGUUGCCAUAAAGGGCAACACUGGUAGGGUUGUAAUGGAGGGCAGCACUGGUAAGGUUGCCAUGGAGGGCAGCACUGGUAAGGUUCCCAAAAAAGGGCAACAUGGUAAGGUUGUAAUGGAGGGCAGCACUGGUAAGGUUGCCAUGGAGGGCAGCACUGGUAAGGUUGCCAUAAAGGGCAACACUGGUAAGGUUGUAAUGGAGGGCAGCACUGGUAAGGUUGCCAUGGAGGGCAGCACUGGUAAGGUUCCCAUAAAGGGCAACACUGGUAAGGUUGUAAUGGAGGGCAGCACUGGUAAGGUUGCCAUGGAGGGCAGCACUGGUAAGGUUGCCAUGGAGGGCAGCACUAGUAAGGUUGCCAUGGAGGGCAGCACUGGUAAGGUUGCCAUGGAGGGCAGCACUGAUAAGGUUGCCAUGGAGGGCAGCACUAGUAAGGUUGCCGUGGAGGGCAGCACUGGUAGAGUUGCCAUGGAGGGCAGCACUGGUAAGUUUGCCAUGGAGGGCAGCACUGAUAAGGUUGCCAUGAAAGGCAGCACUGAUAAGGUUGCCAUGAAAGGCAGCACUGAUAAGGUUGCAAUGAAAGACAGCACUGGUAAGGUUUCCAUGGAGGGCAGCACUAGUAAGGUUACCAUGGAGGGCAGCACUAGUAAGGUUGCCAUGGAGGGCAGCACUGGAAUGGUUACCAUGGAGGGCAGCACUGGUGUGGUUGCCAUUGAGGGCAGCACUGGUAAGGUUGCCAUUGAGGUCAGCACUUGUAAGGUUGCCAUGGAGGGCAGCACUAGUAAGGCUGCCAUGGAGGGCAGCACUGGUGUGGUUGCCAUUGACGGCAGCACUAGUAAGGUUGCCAUUGAGGUCAGCACUUGUAAGGUUGCCAUGGAGGGCAGCACUAGUAAGGUUGCCGUGGAGGACAGCACUGGUAGAGUUUCCAUUGAGGGCAGCACUGGUAAGGUUACCAUGGAGGGCAGCACUGGUGUGGUUGCCAUUGAGGGCAGCACUAGUAAGGUUGCCGUGGAGGGCAGCACUGGUAGAGUUGCCAUUGAGGGCAGCACUGGUGUGGUUGCCAUGGAGAGCAGCACUGGUAAGGUUACCAUGGAGGGCAGCACUAGUAAGGUUGCCAUGGAGGGCAGCACUGGUAAGGUUGCCAUUGAGGGCAGCACUGGUAAGGUUACCAUGGAGGGCAGCACUAGUAAGGUUGCUAUGGAGGGCAGCACUAGUAAGGUUAACAUGGAGGGCAGCACUAGUAAGGUUGCCAUGGAGGGCAGCACUAGUAAGGUUACCAUGGAGGGCAGCACUAGUAAAGUUACCAUGGAGGGCAGCACUAGUAACGUUACCAUGGAGGGCAGCACUAGUAAGGUUACCAUGGAGGGCAGCACUAGUAAGGUUGCCAUGGAGGGCAGCACUAGUAAGGUUACCAUGGAGGGCACACUAGUAAGGUUGCCAUGGAGGGCAGCACUAGUAAGGUUACCAUGGAGGGCAGCACUAGUAAAAUUACCAUGGAGGGCAGCACUAGUAAGGUUACCCAUGGAGGGCAGCACUAGUAAGGUUACCAUGGAGGGCAGCACUAGUAAGGUUGCCAUGGAGGGCAGCACUAGUAAGGUUACCAUGGAGGGCAGCACUAGUAAGGUUGCCAUGGAGGGCAGCACUAGUAAGGUUGCCAUGGAGGGCAGCACUAGUAAGGUUGCCAUGGAGGGCAGCACUAGUAAGGUUACCAUGGAGGGCAGCACUAGUAAGGUUGCCAUGGAGAGCAGCACUAGUAAUUUUACCAUGGAGGGCAGCACUAGUAAGGUUACCAUGGAGGGCAGCACUAGUAAGGUUACCAUGGAGGGCAGCACUAGUAAGGUUACCAUGGAGGGCAGCACUAGUAAGGUUGCCAUGGAGGGCAGCACUAGUAAGGUUGCCAUGGAGGGAAGCACUAGUAAGGUUGCCAUGGAGGUCAGCACUUGUAAGGUUGCCAUGGAGGGCAGCACUAGUAAGGUUGCCAUGAAGGGCAGCACUGGUGAGGUUACCAUGGAGGGCAGCACUAGUAAGGUUGCCAUGGAGGGCAGCACUGGUGAGGUUACCAUGGAGGGCAGCACUGGUAAGGUUACCAUGGAGGGCAGCACUAGUAAGGUUACCAUGGAGGGCAGCACUGGUAAGGUUACCAUAGAGUGCAGCACUAGUAAGGUUGCCAUAGAGGGCAGCACUAGUAAGGUUGCCAUGGAGGGCAGCACUGGUGAGGUUACCAUGGAGGGCAGCACUAGUAAGGUUGCCAAGGAGGUCAGCACUUGUAAGGUUGCCAUGGAGGGCAGCACUAGUAAGGUUGCCAUGGAGGGCAGCACUAGUAAGGUUGCCAUGGAGGGCAGCACUGGUGAGGUUACCAUGGAGGGCAGCACUGGUAAGGUUACCAUGGAGGGCAGCAUAGUAAGGUUACAUGGAGGGCAGCACUGGUAA